AUGGAUGAUACACACGUGAGUACAUCUGACGAUUCAGUUAUCACACUGGAUAACUCGAAACAACCCAACAAUUGGUUUCUAUGCAAAGAAGCUAACAACAUUGAUGAAAAUGUAAUGUUGGCAUAUGAAAGACAAAAUCACAUAGGUAAACACUUACCACCGGGUGAAAAUUAUUCAAAUACUCAAUCAAAUAUACCACCACUUCUAUACAACAUACCAUAUUCUUAUACCGAUCCAAAAGAGAAAUAUGACAUGACUCAUGGUGUAAAUACAACAAAUUUACUUGGAACUCCAGUACAGAACAAUUCUCAAAAACUACAUAGUAAAUCGAAUUGGAAUAGUGCAUUAUUCUAUUUUAAUCCAUCUGGACGUAUAGUUCAUUCAUGGUGUGGUGUUAUUAGUAUUGUGUUUAUGUAUCAUUUGUGGGUAAUCAUUUAUCGAUUUUCUUUCAAUGAAAUCAAUCAACAAACAGUGAUAUUCUGGUUAACUUUAGAUUAUUUCGCUGAUUUACUCUAUUUAAUUGAUAUGACUAUCUCGUUAAGAACUGGUUUCCUUGAAGAUGGUGUUAUGCAAUUCGAUGGGAUGAAAAUGCGUUCACACUACUUGAAUUCAUCACGUUUUUAUAUUGAUUGUUUAAGUUUACUGCCAUUGGAUUUCCUAUAUUUAUCCAUUGGUUUCAAAUCAAUUUUACGCAUAUUUCGAUUGUGUAAAGUGUACAAAUUUUGGCAAUUUAUGGAUAGAGCUGAACGGCAUACCAAUUAUCCUAAUUUAAUGCGAUCAACUAAAUUAUUAUUGUAUUAUUUAACAUUUUUACAUUGGAAUGCAUGUAUUUUUCAGUUGAUUAAUUCAACAGACAGUUUAUUUAUAACAUCGAUAACACAACUGCCUGCAACAACCUCGCCUGCAACGAAAGGAUCGGGAACAGACAUUUCGAACUUGGUUGUUGCUUCUCAUCCUAACCAUUUUACUACUGAAAGUAUUUAUAAUUAUCCCAACAUUAGUAAAUCUAACAACAAUCGCAGUAAUCUCAGUGAAAACGACAUGAGUAAUGGUAGUUCAUUGCUUCAAAGAAAUAAUCAUUCAUUAACCAAUGUUAAGAAUGAAACUUUGUCUUCAGCAACUGCAGUAGCAUUCGCUUAUAACGAUUUGGAUCCAGUAACAAAAAUGUCCCCAGGAUUACAUUUAUAUAGUCAAGUACAUUCAACUCCAGAUACUCAUGAUGGAUAUGAAUAUUUACAUGCAUUUUACUGGAGUAUGCUGAGUUUAUUUCCUGUUGGUGGAUUCCCAACACCAAAAUGUCCGAUAGCUUAUUUUUAUCUAAUAUGCGAAGGUGUCAUUGGAAUGUUUCUAAUGGCAACGGUUCUCGGACAUGUUAGUAAUAUUGUGACAAAUGUCAGUGCUGCUCAAAAAGAAUUCCAAGCACGACUUGAUAGUGUAAAAAAUUAUAUGACAAUUAGAAGAGUACCAGCAUCAUUACAAGAACGUGUAAUUAAUUGGUUUGAUUUUCUAUGGUAUACAAAUAAAAUAACAGAUGAAGAAAAAGUUCUACGAAAUUUACCAUAUAAAUUAAAAGCUGAAAUAGCUAUACACGUUCAUUUGAAUACAUUGAAACAAGUGGAAAUAUUUCAAGAUACUGAAGAAGGAUUUCUAUCGGAAUUAGUAUUAAAACUACGUGUUGUAUUGUUUGCACCAGGUGAUUAUGUAUGCCGUAAAGGUGAAAUUGGCAAACAAAUGUAUAUUGUGAACCGUGGAAAAUUGCAUGUUUUAGGUGAUGAUGGACAAACAGUUUUAGCGACAUUACACGCUGGAAGCUAUUUUGGAGAAUUAUCUAUUCUUAAUCUAGGCAAUAAUGGCAACAGACGCACAGCAUCAGUACGUUCUCUAGGAUAUUCUGAUUUGUUUUGUUUGUCAAAAUCUGAUCUUUGGAAAGUGCUUAAAGAGUAUCCAAAUGCAAGAAGUAAACUUGAAGCGGAUGCCUACAGAAAAAUUAAUCAAUAUCAGAAUGUUCCACAGCAAAAUAUAAAAGACCUCCCAAUCAAAUCUAGUCCAUUUGAAAGAAAAAUUAUGAACUUAUCAGAUCCAUUAAACUAUGCUGGUUAUUCUACAACUACUCUUGAAAAUACACAUUUAUGUUCUAACAACAACCAACCAAUUAAUCAGAACAGUCAUUCUCAAACAGACAUGAAUACAAAUCAUGAACGCUUAGUACGUAUUUCUAAUAGUGAUGGAUCGGAUGGUUACGGCAGUGAUCCAAGUCGUUGCUCAGCGUUUUUGCCUACACCACAACGAUCCCCUACUCCAUCAGCUAUUGUAGUGAUGAACAAUCCUGAUAAACCUCAUGUAAUUUCAAAUCACGGGACAUUUGCACAGCCUAAUUCUACAAUCUUCAACAAAACAAGUCAAAGUCAGCCUGUUCACGAGAAUAGAUCAAGCUCAGUGCCAACAACAGUAAGUGAUAGUUUAGGAACUUUUACAGCACUAUGUUCUGAUGAAAACCAACAAGUUUGUAAUCAUUUGAUGUCUGAAUCAAAUAAAUGUUCCUGGUUAAAGCCAUAUCAGAAUAAUCCAGUCUCGUUUGGAAAGCAGCGUCAUCUAUCAAUGCCAACAAAUCUGUAUCCUGUUGACCAUUCUUUUUAUCAUCCAAAUAAUGAACGAUUCAAACAGUCUAACAUAAAAUCUGCACCGAUUUCAUUACAAAGUGGUGUCAUGAUUACUGAUUUUCAUUCAGAUCAACGAAAAGAAAUGGAAAAUAGUAAGUUAUUUCAUAGAUAUUGUUCAAUGAAAGGCAAGCAAACAACACCUUCAAACUUGAACGGUUCAAAUUAUGAUAGUACAGAUAAUGGAAAAAGAGUAAUACCAGUUAUUUGCUUUGAAAAAGCUUCUACACCAUCUAUUUCAGAAGCAACAAUCUCUGAAGAUGAACAAGAAUAUCAAGCUGUUUACGAGCAAACAUCACAAACUUCAUCAUCACCGUUUAUUAUUAAAGCUCCUACAUCAAUGCCAACCAAUGAAAGAUAUUGUACUCAUUUAAAAAUACCAAAGCAUAAAACAUCAAACUGGAUAGCUAGACGACCACCAUGGCCAUACAAAACUUGUUCACAUCAUUACAAACAAUCAAACCAAUUCAAAGCGGGGCAUAUUUCUAAACAUUCAGCAGACGAUAAUUCAACGUCUAGUGUUGUACAUAAUCAUAAAAAUAAUAAAAGUAAUCAAGAAUUAAUUGAACAUUUAAGUCAUCUCACAUAUCGAAUUAAUAAAUUAGAACAUGAAAAUUACUUUUUACAGAACAGUUUGUUUAAUCAAUCCAAUUCCAUACUGACACAACAACACCAACACCAAGUGCCACAAUUAUUACAACAGCAUCAUCAACAAAAAUGGAUACCUACAGUAAAUUUAACACGUAAAUAUAGUCUACCAGUAAAAUCAACAAAUGCAUAUCAACAUAUUCAAGAUAAUUUAAAAAUACCACAAAAUUUACACAUCAAUGAUCAUAAACCUAAUCGAUAUGACCAUUUAAAAGAUUCAAAAUUUAAUAGAUCUCAGUCAAAUAUGCUUAAAAGUGAUGAAAAUUUAAUUGAAGAAGAUUUGGUAGGGCAAUCAAACAUGAACAAGAACAACAACAACAAUCCAAUAUUCACUUUUGAUUAACAAGAGAAAAAAAUUCCAUUCGUUCAAAAUUCAUGUUUUCCUUAAUUAGGCGCAAAAAAAGGAACUUCAUGUACCGAGCAGACAGGAAAUUUAAACGUAUCAAUUAAUUCCAAUCCUUCUUUUUUUUUCUCUUAUGAAUAAUUAAUUUUAAUAUGACCAGUUGAACACGAAAAAUCUAACAGUAAAUGAAUUCAUAGCACG